AUGAACGGGCACUGUGCUGCACCAGAAGCUGUCGCGUGUUCCUCUGUGGACUGUGUGAACGGUGUCGUAUAUGACUACACCUCGGAUAAUAGAAUUCUCGCCGAUCACGAGGAUAAGGAAAAGGCUGUGGCGCAGGUACGCUGUAUGCCGGAGUUCGUGAGCGUGCUGCAGUUUCUCGUUGCUCUUCAAGGCUUCAUCAAUGAGGAAAUCCGGACGUACUUUCGAGCAGGACGACCGAAAAAGCCCACAGAUGCGCUUGUGCCCCAGAUCGAUCCGGGGCGCUUGGAAGCGGACAUCGUUCACGGCUUGCGCGAACGACCCCCAGCUGAUGACGCUCACGCAAGCACAACUGCUCAGUCGUCGACUGCGACCUCGCACCAGGAAGGAACAAGCCAAGAGCUACUGCUCUCGCGCGUACAUGCCGGGUUGCUCAACUGCCUGCAUGUGCGCAAGGUCGACGCAAUACAUGCCUACGGGAAAGACGGGUGGAUAGAAUUGCUCGCAGCGGAACUACGUACGCGGCCUGAACUCUACGACCUGAGCGGGCCAGCUGCUGGCAGCGACCCGGGUUGCAGCCUUUAUGAUCAGGACGGAGCGUCCAUCCUCGAUCGAUGUCGGUAUGAAAUGCUCCACCCGCGGAUGCGUGUGGUCAUUCUCUUAGCGCUAUGUGAGGUUGUCUCGGAAACGAACGAGAGUCUGCGCCGCGUGAUCUGGGAAAUGGCGAAACAGGAGCAGGAAUGCAGCCAGCGCCUUGGACAGCCCACAAGGCGACAUCGACGAGCCCGAAAACAACAGGAGCAGCGACAAGCGCCGUUUCACACUCGUCGAUCAACUACCGCAGCGGCAGGCCGCUCACGAACGGAUGGCUGCAUCUCGAAAGCGAAAGCAUUACGAACUGGGUUCGAUUCCACCAGAAAACCCUCUGUGAGCGAUUGGGAAGCAGCGAUGGACGAUUCCAAGUCAGUGAAAGCGCCUUCCUGUGACCAGGUGUAUCGACGUGGGGAUGGUGCCACUCGGAUUGAUGCUUUUGGUGAAGACGAUUACGGUUGGCGCUACUGGGUUCCCGGAGGCCUGAGAGCGGCUGCGGCGUGCGGCUGCUUCCGAAUAUAUCGCCUCCGUUAUGGCGGCGGUGUCUCUGAGGCACAUUCGAAUGGUAGCGCUUCUCUGACCGGGGAGCGUCUGGACGGCGGCGCCGCAGCACAAUGCAGCGUACCUCCUCAGAUAGAGGUCGUUGUUCGGGAUUAUGCAGACAGAGUGCAGGCCAUGGAGCGUCUCUUCCAGGAGCUCGGUGGCGAUGCCAUGUCCUCUCGCAAUCGCCGGUUGUGGAGUUGCAUCCAGGAUUCGGUCAUUGCUGAGCUCGAGCAUGGCUAUUUGGCUGCGGUGCGACGAGAAGUGCGCAUCUCGAAACAGGCUGCCCGGGAGUCGUGCUUGGACCAGGAGGCAGCGAUAACGACGUCGGCGACAGAGAUGCCGCAUCGUAGCGCCCGGACAGGAAGGCGACAGCGUCCUACAUACAACGAAGAUGAGCUGUUUGAUGCCGCAUUUGCACAGAUGACAGACUCGAGCGCAGAAGGCGCUUGCUCGAGUACCUUCGACAGCGCUUCUUUCGAAUCCGAUACCAGCUGGUCUGAGACGAAUGCAUCCAGCCUGUGCAGCGACUCUGAUUCUGAUGCUGAUGGUGAGCUCGGCGCGGGAGCCCGAUUGCCGGAUCUUCAUGAAAGCGUAUCCUUGUCCAGUGAUGACAGGAAUCGCAACAGGUUCAAUCUGAAUCGUCAAAGACGGCUUGUGUGCCUCGAGCAUGGUACGUCAUCGGCAACAGGGCACCAGCAGCUAUUCCGGAACAACAGCAACAACACCAGCAGUGGCAGUGGCAGCUGCGAUCGCUUGGGCCAUAGCUGGGAUGCUCGUGAUGAUGAUGAUGAUGAUGAUGAUGAUGAUGAUAUCAGGACCCCAACCAGCGACAUGAACGCUGAGAACGCUGGAGCGCUUCUUCGGCAUGGACGCGCUGCGGAAACCGCUUGGGCGAAGGCAUCGUCGGGACAGGUUUCUGAGAGGCGCGAAGCCGUCAGAAAGCACGACGCCGCUAUACCAAGUUUUGUGACCGAACUGGUGCCUGCUUCGGGAGCGGGGACCCCAGAUGCUGCCUGCUGGAAUGCGUACGCGGAUCCCAUAGAUAAUUUUUCUCCAGACUAG